CUAAAAAUUUUUUAAAUUUUUUUUUUUCUCUCAUUUUUUAUUUUUAUUUUUAUUUUUAUUUUUGUUUUUUUUCAUUUUUUUUUGUUUUAUAAAGGAUUUUUUUUAUUAUUAUUCAUUUGUUUUUUUAAUCAUGGGUCAAAAUUGUGAAAUAAACGAAACUUCAAUCAUUCAGAAUAAUAAUUCUUCCUCUUCUCCUUCACCUUAUGUACUUUUCGAUACAAAAAAAUCAUUUUCAUCCCGCUUAACUCAAUUAAUCCGACGCGACCCUACAAAAAAUUAUUUUAAACCUUCACAAAAACCAAAAAAAAUUAAUAAAACAGAAAUGAUAUUAUUAGAUCCGACCGAUCCAAAAUAUAUUUCAAUUAAAUCAUCAUUUGUAGGUCGACCACUUUCACAAUCAAAAAUUCUUGGAAUUUUUGAGUUACGUAUGCCAACCAAACUUGAAGAACGUCAUGAAGCUUAUAAAAAAAGUUUAAGUAAAAAAACUAAAAAAAAUAUCAAAGAUAUUACUCAUCGAAUGUUUCAUGGUACUACUUCAAAUUGUUCACCUGAAAGAUUUAUUGAGGAAUUGAUUUUUAAUAAAGAAAAGGAUGAAGAAAUAGUUAGUGAAUAUCAUGUUGAAAGAAAAUUUUGUGAAAAAGAUUGUGGAUUAUGUGGAAUUGUACAACAAGGAAAUAGAACUAAAUAUACAAAGACUAAAUGUUUAUUUAAGAAAAACAGAAUGUGGUUUGCAAAUGAUCCGUAUACGUCACUUUAUUAUUGUAAUGGCGUAGUAUUAAAGUCGGUGAAAUCUAUGUUUGUGGUUGAUGUCAUAAAAAAGAAUCUGGGAGAAAUUUUAAUUGUAAAUAAAGAAAGGGCAACUUUACCUAGAUUUUUAAUAUUAUUCGAGUUAUCAGAAUGUUAUCGUAAUGCAUGAUUUAAAAACUUUUUUUUUUUUUUGGAGUGAGGU